AUGGCUGCGAGUGCUGUGAUGGAGAAUGAAGCAUUGGCAACAGAAGCUCCAUAUGCACCUGUGACUAUAGAGAGGAGAGUCAGGAGUGACUUGGAAACCAAACUUCCUAAACCAUAUAUGCCCAGAGCAUUGGUUGCUCCAGACACAAACCAUCCAACAGGAACAGUUGGCCAUCAGCACCGUAACAUGAGUGUUCUUCAGCAGCAUAUUGCGUUUUUCGACCAGGACGACAAUGGCAUCGUCUAUCCGUGGGAAACUUUUACCGGAUGUCGGGCCAUAGGUUUCAACCCAAUCGUCGCCGUUUUUAUGGCUGUUCUUAUCAAUGGGGCUAUGAGUUAUCCCACUCUGCCUGGGUGGAUUCCUUCUCCCUUCUUUCCCAUAUACAUCUACAACAUUCACAAGGCAAAGCACGGUAGCGAUUCCGGGGCAUAUGACACAGAAGGAAGGUAUAGCCCAGCCAACAUUGAGAACAUGUUUAGUAAGUAUGCCCAUACUGUGCCUGACAAGUUCACGUUGGGAGAGCUUUGGGCCAUGACCGAGGGGAACAGAGUUGCCCUUGAUUUCUUUGGAUGGAUCACAAGUAAGCUGGAAUGGGGGCUAUUGUAUGUGCUUGCUAGGGACGAGGAGGGUUUGCUGUCGAAAGAAGCCGUUAGACGCUGCUUCGAUGGAAGCUUGUUCGAUUAUUGCGCUAAGAUGAAUGCCGCCGGUAGGGCCAAGAUGGAGUAGAAGAAAAUGGAAGCUAUGUACCAAAAUGAUGUAUAUGUAUGCAUGUAAUGUAUCUAGUUUACGUUUGAGAUGUUGGAACUGUAAUAAUUGAGGGAUGAUCCUUCACGGUUUAACAAAUGAUGAAAUA